UUCCUAGCAUGGGUGGGUUCCAUUCACCUGUUCGCUCUAUACGCUGUGGCUCCGUUUGUUACCAUCGCUUGUGACAUCUGGGGUUGCCGUAUCACCGGAUUUGUUGGUGGUUUAGUCUGCGUGACGGGUCUGGUGGCAUCGUCGUUCGUCACCCGGCUCUACCUGUUAUUUGUAACAUAUGGAGUGUUGUUCGGGAUCGGUGCUUCGUUGGCGUACAUUACAACUUUUAGGAUCAUCUCGCUCUGGUUCGACAGGUUAGAUUUCGUCAAUGAAUGAUGCAUAAUUUCUUGCUCAUCAACGUUUUUUUUACCGUUAUAUAAGGGUUGUGGGAGCCAGAAAAUUGAGUCUAGCUCAAGCCUCCUUUGUUUAAAUUACGAUAUCAUUGAGCUGUGUGAAGUUUGGGAGAGGGGGGUUGGGGGAGGGGCAUUGAGAUUGCGGCGUUGCCGUGAUACUCCGUGAUUUUUUAGAGCGCUUUUCCAUUCACUGUUAUAAAACCAGAACCAAAGCAAUCUGAAAAGCCAAUCAUAGGAUAGAAAAUAUGACGAUUAGUCAAUGAAAUAUCGAAUUAAAAACAAGAAAACUGUCUGACGCGCGGGAAAACGCGAGUGACCACGUCGUGAUUGGUUUUAGUCAAUUUGAUUCUGAUUGGUUGAGAAAGUGGCGCGAGUUUUCUAGACCAAUCACAAAACGAAGUAAAGCAAAAGCAAAGCCAUCCCGGGUCACUUUCGCCACUCAAUCGAAAAUUCCUUUUGUACAGUAUUUGGGAGAAUAAAAUCCCACUUUGAGGUAUUGCCAAACUCCUAAAAUGUGCUUCAAAUGCUAUAGAGUGCUUCGCCUGCGUCAUGAAAAGGUACACUUACACGAAAUUUUUUUUCAUAGUAAGAAGAUGGCGAAGUAACAAGGUGACAGUUAACUGGUAACAUCAGUGAAAAAGUCAAGCACUUCACUGCUUAGGUGUUACAUGUGUCAAACACUCACUAUUUUUAAAGAAUAGGUUCAAGAUUUUUUUUGUAACCAUGUUUACAGAAACCAGUCUGGCGUGGCUUCUCACCUCAGUAAACUGAGAAAUUAAACAAUAGGAGCAGCCAAAUUUGCAGUAGCCUACAGAACAGCGGUAAUUGUUUUGCGUUUUACAGGCGAAGGGGGACAAGUGCUGGGCAAGCGCGAGGGAGGCGCGAGUCACGCUCGAUGGUAAAUAAGAGAAGUUUAACGGGGGAAUGAUUUAGAUACAGAGCAACAGAGUAAAAAGGACUACUUCGAACCAGUCAAACAAAAAGUUUAAAUUUUCUCUUUGACCGUAGGAAAUUAGCACUGGCCAAUGGUAUAUGUGGUACUGGUGCAUAUUCUGGUACCAUUGCCCUUGGGCCAUUCCUUCAGCGGAUGGUGAAACAAACGGGACUCUCCAGAACCUUUAUAAUUUUGGCGGGAAUCGUUGCUCUCACUGCAGUCUCUGCGCUUGCGUAUCGUCCCCCGCCCAAGCUAGUCAGUAAAGGCAAGAGAGACGUCCAUGUCAAGAAAAUAUUCGAUCUAACACUAUUAGAAGAUAAAUCUUUCCUAGUGUUUUUACUAGGGUUAGGAUUAUACGCCAGUGGCUGUUUCAUACCUGCUUCGUAUGUGGUAAGUAAGGAAUGUUCAUUUGAGGAUGUGGUUCAUAUUUGUGCUUUAACCCUGUUAUUUUUUACAUCAUAUCGACCCUAAAUCAAACAUUAAGGGCACGAGAUGAGGGAAAUUAUCACUGACGAAAGAAGUUCUAGACUGUGAAGCAAAUUAGCACCUUUGGAAAUGUAUGGAAGAAUAUAUGGAGAACAUGCAAACCGAUGAUAAGGUGUAAAAAAAAACAUGUACAAACACAGGAUGUGCAUUUUACACUGAAACCCUGCACAGUGGGAGUAGAGCCUUCUAUGUAACUGAAAACUGCAUUGGCAAGUUGACAGAAUUCUUGAGUUUAUGCUUUUUAUAUCAUUUCACUUUUGGAUCAAGUUCCAGUUGAGUUUAGAAAGUGAUUCAGAAUAGCAUUCCUUUACAUUACUUCACCAACCACGCUGGUUAAAUGUUAUGAUUUCAAUAAUCCUUUGUUUUUGAGAUUGACACUCAGUCGUAAAGCGCUCUGACUAUCUGGCCAGUAAUGCAGUAAAUAAUUUGAACCCGAGGUUAACAUUUGAUCGCCGCGGUUGUCUUACCGUGUUGGUCAGGGUGUUCUUGAGAAUGACUGAUUUUGAGAGAGGUGAAUGACAUUUUGACAACCUUAGUAUCAUCAGAGUCAAGUCAGCAUAUAUCAGUUAUCAUAUAUGUUAUUCACCAGCCGGAAGGUCCGUGAGAAAAGAAAAAAGUCUGUGACGUAUAAUUUGAUAAGUCAGUUUUCUUGUGAUGUCACAACAAAUUUUCUGUUUACUGUAACUGAAAAAAAUUUUGAAUGUUAGAGAAGAGGUUAAGGUAAAAGUAAAUCUGGACUGCUCUUGACCAGCCUGGUUCCCAGGGCCCCACUUCUUCGAUCCCUUCCCUUCCUCUCUCUUUCUCUAAAAGAAGGGAAAGAGAGAGACCCUGGGAACGAGGUUCGCUCUUGACUAGCUCGUAAUAGUCAAACGCCAAAUAAAAUAUCGGCUACUCUUUUCCUGCAUUUUCAGCCCUCAUUUGCCAAGGAGUUAGGAGUGCCACCACACAAAGGGGCUCUUUUGCUUAUGGCCUGGUCAACAUCAUCAGUUGUUUUCUCCUUUUUGACUGGUAAACUUGCUGACAAAUUUUCACGCUACCGUGUGGAGAUUUUUCAAUGCGCUAUGGUCGGGGUCGCCAUAUCCACAUCUCUUUUGUCGGCAGCAUGGAGUUUCCAGUGUUUCAUGGGGAUGAUGGUAAUAUACGGGGCUUUCGAUAGUGGCUUUGUAUCACUAAAAGCAGUAGUUGCUGAAGACUUGGUUGGUAGUGACCAGGCCUCCAGGGGUGUUGGGAUCAUGUUCGCGGUGCUUGGUAUCGCUUAUUGCGCAGGAAUUCCAUUGGCUGGUAAGUGCUUUGGAGACUACAAAUUACCAAAGCAAAUAUCUACCGGAAGGGAUCUUUCAUCAAUCGAUAACCGAGCCAUCUACUCCUUCUUUUAACUCGUCACACGAGAACCUCGCAAGUCUCUGAGAUCGGCGUUGAAAGCAUAAGGCCAUUAACUGAAAGCGAGAGAAAAUAAGAGCCAUUCAAUUUAUCGCCACUGACUUGAACCAGAAGGAAACCAGUCAAGGUAGUCGGGGUAGAUGGAGUUCACUCGUCCCUAGUCUUGUCGGCUUUACUGUCAAAUAUCAACAAAUCUUUCUAAGUAUGAGUAAAGAUCGAUAAAAUAGACACGGAUUGUAAAUGAAGACGUAAGAUGCAGGCUUGAUUUUUCAAUGCACAAAAAGCUAUAUAAGGAAAAACUACAUUCGGCUUUCAGUAAUAAGCCUCUAGUGGGUCAUUGAAACCUCGACUGUACCAUCAUUCGUAUGUGUUGUUAACUUAUCAAUGUCUUGCUCUUUCCCCAGGUUGGAUAUACGACUCUACAAAUUCAUAUCCUUGGAGUUUUGUUGCGGCGUCCGUUUUUAGCGCUACAGGCUGUAUCCUACUUUUCCUCAUCCCACUGCUCCAGAAUCUAAAAAAUGUAGAUCAUGUCAGCCCCCUGAAAGGGAGGGAACUUCACUCAGACACAGAUAAACUCAAAUUCUUACCUACACCAUUAAUAACUGAAAUAUCCUUUCAAAGUGUGGACAUAAGAACGUUACGAGAAACAUAUUUAUGA